AUGUACGCUCUUCGCCUCCUCCCUCUCGCUCGACCCGCCCAUCGCGUCCUCUCACCGCACCAUGCAACCCGGUCCUUGUCCGCGCGAGCAAGCAGAGUCCUCUCUGCUCUGGACUUGCCGACUGAUGGUUCUCUAAUCCCCGGAAUGUACGAUGGGCAGUGGGGAGGUAGCGGAGCCGUCCAGAAGAGUAUAUGCCCCGCGACCGGAGAGGUCAUAGGCCAGGUCCAGACUGCCAAUGUAGAGGAAACCCAGCGAGCUAUACAAGCUACGAAAGGAGCUUCCAUUCUCCUGCGGAGGAUGCCUGGACCGCAGCGCGGGGAGGUGAUGCGUCAGAUCAGGGAGGCACUGGGGGCCAAGACCGCGGCUUUGGGGGAUCUUGUCAGUCUGGAGAUGGGCAAGAUUAGGAGUGAGGGCAAGGGCGAGGUGCAAGAGUUUGUCGAUAUUUGCGACUACGCUACUGGGCUCUCGCGGAGUAUGGCUGGACGGGUACUUCCCUCCGAGCGGCCAGAGCACGUGAUCUACGAGAUCCCAAAUCCUCUCGGAGUGGUCGGCAUUCUAUCCGCCUUCAAUUUCCCCGUCGCGGUGUAUGGCUGGAACUUGGCCAUAGCCAUGAUAACAGGCAACAGCACGAUCUGGAAACCAUCACCCACGACUCCGCUUUGCGCUAUCGCCGUCACGCGCCUGAUACAGCCGGUCCUGGAGCGGAAUGGGCUACCGGGAGCAGUGGCAGCGCUGGUAUGCGGAGACGUGGCGGUGGGGAAGGAGAUUGUGGGUAGCUCUGACGUGGACAUGGUCAGCUUCACGGGAAGCGAGAAGAUUGGCAAGGAAGUAGGCAAGGUCGUACAGGACAGAUUUGGCAAGGCGCUACUAGAAUUGGGAGGGAACAACGCCGUUAUCGUCGACAAGGACGCCGAUCUCCAAAUGGCCCUGCAGGCUGUGAUCUUUGCUGCGGUCGGAACGGCUGGCCAGCGGUGCACCUCCACCCGCCGACUAUACCUCCACCGGUCCAUCUCCGCCCAGUUCAUCUCCAUGCUGCUCAAAUACUACGACUCCGCCUCAUCCCAGACAACCCUGAAAGCUGGAGAUCCGCUCGAUGAUGCCUCACUUAUUGGACCACUGCACACUUCGGGCGCUGUAAAGCUCUAUGAGGAUGCCCUCGCAGGCAUCCAGAAGCGGGGCGGGAAGGUCCUGACGAAGAGGUCAGGGAAGAUGGAUGUGGGUAUGGGCGGGAACUUUGUAUGGCCGACGAUCGUUCGACCGACAAAUGACGAUCCGUGCUGGACCACCGAGACGUUUGCGCCUAUCCUGUCCGUUGCGGAGUUCGAUACGCUUGAAGAGGCCAUUCACCUAAACAACGCCGUUCCGCAAGGCCUUUCCGCUUCGCUCUUUACGACCAACAUCCAGUCAAUGGGCAAGUGGCUUGGACCGGAAGGUGCAGACUGCGGGAUCGUCAAUAUCAACGUCGGUACCAGUGGUGCGGAGAUUGGUGCUGGAUUUGGGGGCAACAAAUCUACCGGAUGGGGUCGCGAGUCUGGGGGCGAUGCUUGGAAGCAAUAUGUUAGAUGGAGCGCCGCGACUGUCAAUUACUCUAGCAAGAUGCCACUCGCGCAGGGGGUGAGCUUUGGGGUAUGA